AUGGCUAGUGCCUGGGAUCACGAGAGAGACAAGCAGUUGCUUGUGGCCAUCUUGGCCGUCCAUGCUCCAUUGGACUUUUCCGCGAUUGCUAAAGCGAUGGGUCAGGGCGACAGCACUGCUGCUGUGAGACAGCACAUCUACACCCUAAAAAACCGCCAAGAGGGAACCUCUACGAAAUCUCCUACCAAGUGCAAGACCGACAAGCCCACUGGCGGUGGCCGCAAGCCUACCAAAACCACCACCAAGCGCAAGAGCGCCGCGCUCACCAAGUCUGAAAAGGAUUCAGAUCUCGAGAGUCAGGGUGGGGAUGGAGAUGAAUCUAGCUCCAGUCCCACUAAGCAGCGCAAGAUCUAA